GGUGUCGAAAGCUAUGAGGUGACUGCCAAACACGGCCAAACAGCUGCGUGAUCCGUCAAUUAACGUUCACAGAUUGUAUCGGGCACUGCCAGGAACGGCGGCGGAGCGACAGGGAGCGACACACGCCGCGUCUCUGCGGGCGGGCAGUGACAUCAUUUGCACUCGGGAAGCGCUUGCCACUCGGUUUCUGUGACGUCGGACGGGGCGCGUCCGCGUCAUGGCGGGCGAUCGUUAUAUAAGGGCGGUGGACGGGGUUCAUCCUUACCUUUCCCCCAUCAUCUCACGACUGCUCACGACCACUCCAACCCGAAUACUGUUCUUUCUGACGACUGUAACGAUUUUCUAAUAUGUCUCUCCCACAAGCAACGAAGGACAUCUCCGACCACCCCGCGUCCGGCUCCGUCGCCCAGCCGCACGACAAGCGCGAGCAGGCCGCCGACGUCGACCGCAAGCUUCGCUUCUACGGCGUCAUCCAGGCGCUGCGCGAGUCGCGCAUGCCGUCCAACACUCAGAUCGACGCGGCUCUCACCUACGCCCUCGGCCACUCCCCCGUCGACCUCAACGCGCUCAGCCCCGACGGCCAGAGGCUCGUCCAGGACACGCGUGACAUCAUCGAGACCGCGCGCCUCAUGGUCCUGAAGAAGAACGCAGACGAGCUGUUCCAGAACUUCGUCUGGCACACUCGUGCCGUCGACACCGCGCCCGCGAAGAACAUCGCGAACUCAGACAACGUCCCCAUCGACCAACAAAAGGUCAAGCAAGAUGGCCAACAGGCCGUCACCCACCUUCGCACGCUGCUCAGCCUCGUCAUGACGAACGCGGAGGUCCGCAAGCUCGUCGCGGACUUUAGCGUCAUCGGCCGCGACCUGCUCGCCCGUGGCGCUGGCAAGCUCGCCGAGGCUGCUCGUCCCGACGAGGAACGGCUCGCGCAAGUUGACGACACGGCCCCGCGGGACCAGUUCGUCACCGAGGGAGGCCGUGUCGCUGGCCCUGAUGAGACGCCGGUUGUCGAGGCACGCAUCCCCGGUACCGAGACGCGUGUCGCUCAGCACCCCAAGGCUGAGAUCGGCCAGGGUGCAACUGUCAAACAAGCAAAUGGCGAGGUGAAGAGCGGCGACCAAGCUGCGCGCGAGGCACAAAGGAAGAAGGACGAGCUGAAGGGCGAGACCUUCCGCCAAAAGGACGACACUCUCAACGCGGUCGGCGGUGACCCCGUCCCCGGUGACGCAGGUGAAGCGGAGGUCAAGAAGAAUGGCCUGAUGAACAAGAUUCGCGGCGUCCGCGACCAAUUGAACGACAAGGUACCGCAAGAGCAUAAGGAUCGUGCCAACGAGCACGUCGAUCGCGCGAGAAACUUCCUUAGCGAUGAGUACUUCCCACCUGAGCGCCGUGACCAGUUCAUCUACCGACUCAAGAAGGUGGUGAUCGAGUGCCAGAAUCACAAAGAUUACCAGGAGAGCAUCACAUGGCUGCUCGGCUGGCUGGAGGAAUACGUGGAACACGGGAAGACGACUGCUUCGAAUGUCAAGGACAAUCACAACGAUCUGCACUCGCAGGGCUCGACGCAGCAGGCACUCGGAGAGCUCCGCACACUCCUGGAACGCUUCGCCAACGGCAUGAGCAUGGGUGUUGUCGGCGAUGCCAUCCAGGCGCUCUAUCAAGACUCGAAGAACGACCCUGAGCUCAGGCAGUGGUUCACGGACUGCGAUUCGUACGCUCGCAGGGUAUUGAUGGAGGCCGGCUUCGUGCUGGAGCCACAGUGCAAUAACCAGGGCAACGAGCUGCUCGAUCGUGGACGGGCAUUCUACGAUGGAAAGUACCAGGCACACUUUGACAACCUGCUCGGCAGUUUGACGGAUUGGUUCACUGCAUUCGGCGACGACCCGUUGAACCAGCGCUUUGGCACCGAUUGGGCGCGCUUGACCAAAGACUUACUGUUCGACAGCGAGGGAAGCCUGAAGUACAAACCCGAGCUUUGGAUGGACAUACGCAAGGUCAUCUUGCCGACCAUCAUCGACAGGGUUGGCUACGUCCCUAUCCCGCGCGUAGAGUACACGGACGACGCGCUCGACCUCGUCAUCGAGAACCUCGCGCUCAGCGGGCGCAACCUCUUCCCGAACCUCGUCAGCGUGGAGGCACACAACUUCCUCAAGUUCUCGCCGUACAACGCCAUCCAGGAUGAGGGCCGCCACGAGUUCACGCUCACGUUCAGCCAGAUCCAGGCGGACAUGCGCGACGUCGCAUUCUACUUCCGCAAGAAGAGCGGAUUCCCGAAGUUGAGCGACUCGGGCAUCGCGGACGUGCUCCUCGGUGGGCACGGCCUCACAGUUACCGCACGCGUUGCGAGCUCGGGCAAGGACCGAUCGUCUGUGUUCCACGUCAAGGAUGUGAACGUCAAGGUCGACACGCUCAAGUUCAGCAUCCGCGACAGCAAGCACGACCUACUCUACAAGACGCUCCGGCCGCUCGCGACCGGCCUUGUCAAGCGGCAAGUGCAGAAGGCGAUCGCGGACGCGGUGCGCACUGGCUUGGAGUACGUCGACGGCCAGCUCGUUACCGUGCGCGAUCGCAUGGAGGAGGCGAAGGAGGACGAGAACCAGAGCCGGACGCAGGCGCUGCAGGAGCUGUUCCAACGCAAGAAGGAUGAGGCCUCGACUGCGGCGUCAAAGGGAGACGCGAAGACGGGCACGUUCAAGGUCGUCUCGAAGCGCGACUCGGCGAUCCUGCAGGAUGUCGGGCGACCCGAGGGCUGGUCGAACCGCGCGCAGGAGCGGGCGGAUAAGGCGGUGCAGGGCGAGACGUGGCACUCGGAGGCGUUCGCCAUCGUCUGAGUGCUGUCGUGCUCUGUCCUGAGUUGACUUGACCAGCCCAAUGUCUGUGCGUGUGCGAAUAUCUGAUUCUGAUUCCUCGCUGCAUACCCCCAAACGUAUAUCUGAAUCGGACUAUUCUCCUUCUAUCCUAUAUCCUCUAAACCUCUCUGCGUGCCGGUGACCCACUGGCGAGCGCGUAUCGUACCACACAUUUCUAGUAUUACCUUUUGGACGUUCAUCCUAGUACUUCCUUGUAUACCUUCCGGCUUCCUUCUCCAGGAACCGUGUACACUAUAGUUGAGUGUAGCAGCAGUUCUUUGUAGCGAUUGACCGUACAAGAUCAUUCCUUCUUCAUUUCCG